GCAACUUCAGUGCAGUCCACAGUGGCAGUCGGACAGCUGGGAGGGGAGGGCCUUUUUGUCAAUAAACUCAUCUGUGUGUUUUUACCAAAAUUAAAUUUAGUUCGAUGUGAAUAACUGAAGAACCAGCGUUCCUCGAGGAAUUGGAAGGACAUUUUGACACAUUUUCAAGAUGUCGACAUCUGCAAUAUAUAUUUUAGAUGUGAAGGGAAAGGUGUUGAUUUCUCGAAACUAUAGAGGAGAUAUAGAGACAGGUCUUAUUGAAAAAUUUAUGCCUCUUGUAAUGGAGCGCGAGGAGGAGGGCAAUCUUACUCCGAUAAUUCAAACUCUUGAAUGUACAUAUGCUUAUAUAAAGUACAAUAAUCUUUACAUCGUUUCAACUACAAAAAAGAAUGCAAACAUUUCGUUGGUAUUUGUAUUCUUGCAUAAACUAGUUCAAGUCAUGCAAGAAUACUUUAAGGAAUUGGAGGAGGAAAGUAUAAGAGACAAUUUUGUCGUCAUUUACGAACUGUUAGACGAGUUGAUAGAUUUUGGUUAUCCUCAAACUACGGAUAGUAAGAUUUUGCAAGAGUAUAUCACCCAAGAGGGUCAUAAACUUGAAAUUCAACCACGCAUUCCUAUGGCUGUGACUAAUGCUGUAUCUUGGAGAUCAGAAGGGAUAAAAUACCGUAAGAACGAGGUGUUCCUAGAUGUAAUAGAAUCUGUGAAUCUUCUUGCAAAUGCCAAUGGAAAUGUAUUGAGUUCUGAAAUUGUGGGUGCCAUUAAAAUGAGAGUUUAUUUAUCUGGAAUGCCAGAAUUGAGACUCGGUCUGAAUGAUAAAGUCUUGUUUGAAUCUACAGGACGUGGAAAGUCUAAAUCUGUCGAAUUAGAGGACGUUAAAUUUCACCAGUGCGUCCGAUUGUCUCGAUUUGAAAACGAUAGAACGAUUUCUUUCAUUCCACCCGAUGGUGAAUUUGAGCUAAUGUCUUAUAGACUGAACACACACGUAAAACCACUGAUAUGGAUAGAAUCCGUAAUAGAGCGACAUGCUCACAGCAGAGUAGAGUACAUGAUAAAAGCAAGGUCACAAUUUAAAAGGCGCUCUACGGCCAACAACGUAGAAAUAGUAAUACCAGUACCAAACGACGCAGAUUCUCCCAAAUUCAAAACCACUAUUGGGAGUGUUAAGUAUUCUCCGGAACAGAGCGCCAUAACUUGGUUUAUCAAGUCAUUUCCCGGAGGAAAAGAAUAUUUGAUGAGAGCACAUUUUGGUUUACCAUCCGUGAUCGGAGAAGAUGUAGAAGGUAAACCGCCGAUCCAAGUAAAAUUUGAAAUUCCCUACUUUACUACAUCAGGUAUACAAGUGCGUUAUUUAAAAAUUAUCGAAAAGAGUGGGUAUCAAGCUUUGCCUUGGGUUCGAUAUAUCACGCAAAACGGAGACUAUCAAUUGAGGACAAAUUAAAUGAAAGCAAAUUAGCAGAACGCUCUGAUAAUCGAUACAAAAAUGUGGAAACUAGUCGGUUUGCUACGCUUAGUAUGCUUCCGAACGAUAAUCUAUCUUUAUAGCUAUUUUCACAGCUGAUUGCGAUAAAUACGAAGAUCGUGAUGUAUAGAGUAUAAAAAUAGCAAUUAGCAUUUUCAAUAUCCGGUAAGGAUUUCUCGAUAUUCGUGCUUGUUUAACAGAAUAAUUUCGAUAUAGACUAAUUUUAAUACAUCAGUAUAAUUUACGCGUAAAUCCAAAUAAUAUUUUUAGAGAUUUUCGUGUUACGUUUUUUUUUUCGUACGAUCAUAAAUCGUACGAAAGUACGGAGUACUUGAUUUGUUUAAUGUAUGAUUCAUUGAUGCCACGUUACUCUUAUGUAGAACGACUAGUAUUUUUCGUAUACAGGAGCUAUAUUGUUCAUUAAACAUUAUUCCGAUACGAGAAGUUGUAAAUAUAUCGAAACUCAUUGUAUGUCAACACUUUCAUGGAAUUGUUAAGAAAUUAAUAGAUGUUGAUUGUAUUAAUUUUAAACUCGAAUAGUAUUACAUCAUAAUUAUUGUAUAUCGGUAUGACAACAGACAUAAUACUAUUAUUAUUGUAUAUCAAUGUAUUAGUAAUAUAAGAUUCGAAAAAGGUGUAUUAAAUUUUUAACAGAA